UCAAAGGUAGUUGAACUUUGUUGCCAUUCGUUUAACACUCUGGAAUGAUGGAUUACCUUACGCAGAUACGAACGGGUGUUUAUGGAAGACAUGUUGUUUCUAAGAGAAAUGAACAGAAAUAACCCAUUUUGAGGAAGGCAUGGCAAAAUCAAAUAUAAAACACAGAUCUUGUUCUCGGGAAUCUUCAGUAUCUUCUCUGUUAGCAAGCUGCAGCCUGAGUGGUAGUAAUUCUUCUAACCCUGAUGGCUCUGUUCAUUAUAAGGAUAAACUGUACAGUUCUGCAUCUCAGGCUCUGCAGGCCUAUAUUGAUGAUUUUGAUCGAAGCCGGAUGUAUCCUGGUGUAAGCACUGGAAAGAUUAACAUUGAUAAAUGUCCUGCUAAUAUGCCAGAAUUCUCCAACUAUAUUUAUAAACCAAACAGUGCUUUUGAAAAUUUUGAUCACAAAAGAAGCUUAUCUUCUAGAAGACAGACUAUUAAUGACAUAGAUUCCAUUAGCCUAACAACUGAUGAUCUAUUAAAACUUCCAGCAGAUGGGUCAUUUUCUUUUACUUGUGGUGGACCAGGUCACCGAAUUAGCAAGAAAACCAAGAAAUGCACUGGAAAACUGAGUUCAUCGGACACUGAAAAGAAUAAAUAUUUUCAAGAACCCUCUACUGCCAUGAACAAGGAUAACUUAGUUACUCCUUUUGUAUACACAAAUAUAAAUGGAAAGCAGUGUCGGAGGCUAAAAAACCUAAAACUUGUGAAUAAGACUAAUAAAUGUAUUUCUGAACCAUCUUUUUCCAAGAAAUCAUCUUUCAAGGACAGUUCAGAACACAGCCUUGAAAAAAAUUACCCAAGGUGGCUCACUGGCCAGAAAUCUGACCUUAAUGUUUCUGGAAUAACUAGUAUACCUGAUUUCAAAUACCCAGUCUGGCUCCAUAAUCAAGACUUGCUACCUGACACAAAUAGUCAAAAGAUUUAUAAAAUAUUUAAAGAAGAUCAGUGUUCCCCAAGACAUAGUUAUCAGGCACAAAGAACUUCUCGACUUAUGAAUAAAUUAGAUUGUUUUGAAUAUACUUUUGAACCCUCAAACAUUUCAGAUUUCUCGAGUGUUGAUAAAGGAUUAGCUAAUGAAUAUAAAUGUGAUUCAGAACAUAGUCAAUAUCAAUGUGAGAAUCCACUUCUCCCAGGACAAUCCAAAAAGCCAUUCAGUGGUGACAAAAUUGAAUUGCUUAUCCUGAAGGCCAAGAGAAAUCUAGAGGAUUGUACUAAAGAAUUACCAAAGUCUAUGAAACAGGAUGACAGUCCUUGUUCAUUAGAUAAACUUGAAGCAGAAAGAUCAUGGGAAAAUAUUCCUGUUACUUUCAAAUCUCCAGUUCCUGUGAACUCUGAUGAUAGUCCUCAAGAAGCUUCAGGGGCAAAGUGUGCUAAAGGGUUCCUUGAAGACUUUUUAAGUAAUGACAAUCAGAGCUGUACCCUGUCUGGAGGAAAACAUCAUGGUCCUGUUGAAGCCUUGAAACAAAUGUUAUUUAAUCUUCAAGCCGUACAAGAAAGUUUUAAUCAGAAUAAAACGACAGAGCCAAAAGGAGAAAUUCAGCAAGUUUCAGAAGAUGAUGAUUUCUCUAAAUUACAAUGGAAGGAAAGUAUGGCCCCUAUUACGAGGUCACUUCAAAAGGCUUUGCACCAUUUAUCUCGCCUGAGAGACCUGGUUGAUGAUACCAGUGGGAAACAGUCACCGAAAAUAUGAAGAGGAAAAUAAAAGUCUAACCAAUAAAUAGUCACCACAAAACAAAAAUGUAU